CAGGGCUUGGGGGAGAGGGAAACAUUCAUAUUAGUUUUCUGGUGUUAUUGGGGGUGGCAUACUGGGUGGGGAGAGAGAAAGCAGCCUUGCCUCUCUUGUGUGAAGGUGGGAAGAAAUGUCAUCAGCUGAGCAGCAGAAAAGAGCUGGAUAAUUAAGGUAGUUCCUCAGCCAGGAAGAACGACCCCACCUGGAGAGAAACUGCCCUCUCUCCAAGGCUUUGGGAAGCCUUUCCAGCAGAUUCGUAGGAAAAGAAGCUGCGGUGAUGGAUGGAGUCAGAGUGCAGCCAGGGUUUGGGAAGAGGCGUCCGGGUUAUCGAUCGCAGGCGGAGCUGCUGCAAAGGCCAGCAGCCUCGGGGCCAGCCCUGUGCUGUAGGGCUGGAGCUGGCUCAGGGAGAGCCUUCUGUCAUCCUGACAGGUGAUCCUGGUCAUUCAGCCAGGUCCUCCCGAGCCCAAGCAACACCGCUCCGACCCUCCGCUCCGCAGCAGGCAGCGUGGGGUUCCCACGGAGCAGGCUCGACACGGGAGCGGAGACCCUCCCCCACGCCACCCCCUCUUGUCCUUCAGCACCUCCUACGGACUCCCUCCCCUUGCCCUUCGGACUCGCGGCGCCCACCUCCCUGCACCUACCCUAUUCCAUUUACCGGGGAGCAGUCACUUGGUGGCCACCAGCCCCCCAGGAAAGGGGGCGCCAGCCGGCUUUGGAGGGAGAGGGGACGCAUGGCUUUAAAGGGACGUCUUGGGCAGAGAGGUUUGGGGCUGGGGUGUGUCUGUGUGCAGUGAGCUCGAGACAGUGGUGGACCGGUUGCACAAAGGAAGUGCGCCCAGGGCGGAGGAGAGAUCGUGGGGGGCUCGGGUCUUCUUUUUCCUCCCUUCACGCGUUCAUGUCGGAAGGUCUCUCGCUGCAGGCUCGCUAGGGCAGCAGGCGGUGGUGGCGCCUUCAAGACUACAUUUCCCAGAAGGCGGUGCGGGAGGGAGCGGGCGGGACAGCCAACCUGUGCUGCGCUUGCGUACAGCGAGCUGGAAAGGUAGUUGGGGGGAGGCGAGGGGAGGCGUGCCCGCGGCGGGCCGGGGCGAGCGCGCGUCCGCGGCGGUGAUGGCGGUGCGUGAACGCGCGGCGGCAGCAAUGGCCGCUCUGGAGCGGCGGGUGCCGAGUCUCGAUGACUUCGCGGGACAGAGCUGGAGCUCGUGGGUGGAGCGGGCCGAGCUGCCCGCGGGCGACGGAGCCGAGCUGGAGGAAAGCAGCAAAAGCGCUAAGAAGCUGGAUGCCAUGACCCUCAUUAAAGAAGACAUGUCCAUCUUCGGGCACUGCCCUGCCCAUGACGACUUCUAUUUGGUCGUGUGCAACCACUGCAGCCAGGUGGUGAAGCCUCAAGCUUUCCAGAAGCACUGCGAAAGAAGACAUGGGUCCCUCAGCAAGCUCUAUGCCCGGGCCCCACCCCCACCUCCAGCCCCCGCCAGCUCUCAGAAAUGCCAUGUAGUGAAUGGACAGGGCCCAGCUGGCAGAACCCCAGGUUCCACCAAAACCUCCUCCAGGGAGAAGGGCCAGGGGUCCCGGAGCCGCGGCCACCAGCCUCCUGAGAAGUCCCAGAAGGACAGCCUCUGCCUUUUCGUGCCUGUGGUGAAUCUGGAGAAGAUGUCCAGUCUCCCGAAGCCUGAUGGACAUGGAAUCAGGGCGGCCCCGCCCUCUGCUUUCCUCAGCCAGGCAGGCGGCCUCACCAAGGACUCCCCAGGGAAGCCCCCGACAGCACCCCCCUCCAAAGAACCUCCCGGAAGAGACGGCAUCGAGAUAGUUCCCAGUGAGGGCUCCGGACAUCGGGCUGAAGGCAGCCCCCCUGAGGAGUCUGGCGUGGUGCGGCUGCCACCCAAAACCCACCGGAAGAUGGCGCGGAAGGAGUGUGACCUCAACAGGCAGUGUGGGGUGAUAAAUCCUGAGACCAAAAAGAUCUGUACCCGCCUGCUGACCUGCAAGAUCCACUCAGUACACCAGCGUCGGGAGGUCCAGGGCCGGGCCAAGGACUUUGAUGUGCUUGUGGCAGAGCUGAAGGCCAGCUCCCGUAGAGGGGAGUCUCCCAAGGAGAAGAGUCCUGGGCGCAAGGAGCCAGCUGUCGAGCGCCCUGCCCAGGAGCCCCCAGCCCCAGUGCAGGUGGGGGUAGCAGCGGCGAUGGUGGCGGCUGCCCCCAGUAGCACCUUCUCUGCUUGCACUAAGCAGACCUACCCGUACUGUGCACUGCCCAGGUCCCAGGCCUCCUCUGAGAGUGAGGUGGAUGAUGAAGGCCCCUGUGGUGGUGGUGAUGGGGACCCAGGCCUGUUUCCCUUCCCCCUGCCCCGGGGUGGGGCUCAGGCCUCCAGCGAGGAGAGUGAGGAGGAGGGGACUUCUGAGGACCUCCACCUCCCCGCUGAUUGCCAUUAUACAAGCCGGCCUCCUCGGCCACAGGCGUUCUGCACCUUCGGGAGCCGGCUGGUGAGCCCGGGAUGCUAUGUGUUUAGCCGCCGGCUGGACCGGUUCUGCUCAGCACUCAGCUCCAUGUUGGAACGGCACCUCAGCUCGCACAUGUGGAAGAAAAUCCCACCGGCAGCUGAACCUCCCUCCCACCUUGUCAGCUCCCCAUUAUCUGCUCCCCUGAGCCCACCCUCUGCAGGCAGCUGCCCCCGCCUUCCAGGCCCACCCCCCAGACCUGCAUGCCCAGCCUCCACACCUGCCACCAAGGACAGCCUUGUCCCCAGCUAUCCUGCAGGCUCACCCAGUGUGGCUGCUGCCUGCAGCCAGGCGGAGUGCAUGGGUGGGAGCCAAGCUAUCACCUCACCGCUGCCUGCCAACACGCCGUCCCCGUCCUUCAGCAAGCUGCCACCUUCCAAGGCCAGCAAGUCAUCCAAAGGCAAGGAUGGGGCUGAGGCAGAAGCCCCCUCGCGGAAGCGCAAGUUAUCUCCUGGCCCCACCACUUUCAAACGGACCUGCAUCCUGGAGCCCACUGGAAAAAGCAAACCUGCUGGCUGCAGGGGCCUCACAGCCAAGACCAAGACAGCCCUGGGUGUGGGGCUUAAUGGGACAGUGGGAUCAAGAAUGAAGCGGGCAGGGCCCCCAGACUGUCGGGGUUCCCCUCAUCAGCCCCCUAUGCCCGUCAAAGCCUCUCAGCUGGAGAACCGUGGAGUAGCUGGACACCCAGCCAAGGACCUGCCAACCAACUGCCUCUCCGAGGAGGAGGCAGCCAAGAAGCGCAAGAACCUGGCUACUUACUGCCGGCCGGUGAAGGCCAAGCACUGUCUGCCCGGCGCUCCUGGUGAUGCGGCCUGCUCUGCACGCCGCAAGAAGCCGGGCCCAGCCCUGGCCUUCGAGGAGAAGUGCUCGACCCUGAAGGGCGUCAUGGAAGGACCCCCAGAGCUACACAGCUCAGGGUCCACAUAUGCGCAUGUGUACCCACGUACAGGCGCCCACCUCCAGUCAAAAGCCCAUUAACAAGAAAGUGCCUGCCCACCGCGACGGAGCUGCCAGCACCUCCUCCCCUCCAGAUCCGGGCCCCAGGCUGCUGCCGCUUUUUAUAACUUUAUAUUAUUUUUUUUAAGAAAAAAAAAAAACCUCUUUAAAAUACCUCAAGACUGUCUCCCUGUUCUGUUGCUGCUAAGGAAAUAUACAAACAGAAACACAGAAGGAAGAAAGGAA